CGCCGUCGACUCAUCCAUUUCGACGGAACUCCGUCGCAGGACCUUCUUUCUUCUCCUCCAUUGUUGGAUCUUGAUUGAACCAAUGCGAUGAAGAAGAAGAUCCACACAAACAUAUAUUUUGACUAUGGAGGGUACUAUUCAGAAGAGCAUGAGUGGAAUUGCAACAAUUCAGUAUAUGCUAUAAUGUUUAAGACAACAUCUUUGGAGAGAAUAACAUAUCCGGUGUUGGUAGAUAAGAUCUGUAAGAAGAUUGCUAUAGACGGAGCGAGAAGGAAGAUGAAAUUGAGUUACAUGAUAUGUAAAGGAAGGAGAGAGUCUUAUAUUUUAGAUGAUGAGGAUGUUUGUAUAUUCUUAACAUCAUUGGAUAAAGAGGGAUUUAGACCAGUUUUGCAUGUGGAGUUAUGCAAUCUUGAAAGUAAUCAGAUGGUGGAGCUAGUACCAAGAGUAGAGAGAAGAAGUUCAUGCGGUUUGAAUUAUGGGGAAGUGGCUGCCAAUGAUGUAAGGACUGAUGAUGUAAGGACUGAUGAUGUAAAUAAUCAAGCAAACUUGAGUGCGUUUAGAUGGGGGGAAGGAUCAGAACAAGAGAAAGAGCCUGCUAUAGUUAAUGAACCGAUUAUUGAACAGCUCAUGAUAGAGAAUGGUGUAAAUGAAGAUUGUGAGAAUGAUGUUAGGCCUGAAUAUGUUGAGCUUUCGCGGACUGUACAACCAAGUGAGGAAACAGUUAAAGAAUGGAAAGAUGGUUUGGAAUUGGAAAAAGAUCAAGAAUUUCCUUCUAAGGAGGCAGUAUGGGAUUUGGUUAAUAGAGCUGCAAAGGCCGAGUUGUUUGGUGUGAGAUGUGUGAAGUCGGACCCGGUGCGACUUAUGAUUGAAUGCAGUCAAGCUUCCAUUGGUUGUGAAUGGUGUGAGGAGAGUACUAGAUAUUUUAAACAAAAAGGCACACCACGAUUAGUAGCAAGUGUUUUGCAUGAGGACUUCCGUGGUCAAUUGAAAACACCGGAUCCUAAAACCAUCAUGACUCUUGUUAAAGGAAGACUUGGUUUGGAUUGUUCCUACUCCACCGCCUUGAGAGGGAAAAAACAACAUGUUAGUGAUAUGCGUGGGAACCCUGAAGUUUGCUACACGAUGUUACAUCAAAGCAUCAUCAAGGGAGUGAUGGAUGUGUUUCCAAACGCAUCACAUGGUCAUUGUAUAUGGCAUUUGUCCCAAAACCUUAGGCCAAAGUUGACUGGGGACAAGGACUUAGGUGUUGAGAAAUUCAAGGAAUGCGCUCAUAUAUAUACUAAGACCGAGUUCAGCAUUCAGUAUGGUGAUUUUAGGAGAAGGUAUCCUAGAGCUGCUGAAUAUCUGGAUAAUUCUAUUGGGGUUGAACAAUGGGCUAGGAGUCAUGCUGAGAGAGACAAGUACAACAUAGAUACUAGCAACUCCGCAGAGUCAAUGAAUGCUGUGUUUAAGGAAGUAAGGAAGUACCAUCUAUUACCGAUGAUUGAUGCGAUAUUGGAGAAGUUUUCCGAAUGGUUCAACAAACAUCGAAAAGAUUCUGCCAAUGCAUCGAACACAACGCAGGUGGUGCCUGUUGUGGAGAAUAUAUUACAUAUCCGAUGUCCUAUAGCUGCGAAGUUGACGGUCACUGAGCUUAACAGCUACCGACGCGAAUAUAGCGUAAUUGGAGUUGAUGGUUUAACAUAUUUGGUGGACUUGGAUAUGAAAUCUUGUACUUGUAGGUGUUUUGAUAUAGACAAGUACCCUUGCAUCCAUGGUAUAGCCGCAUCCAUUAAGCAUUGUCGGAAUGAAUGGAGAACAACGGAAGUAAGCAUAUAUGGUCUUUGUUCGAAAUAUUACUUGAUCGAGACGUGGGCAUUGGCAUAUUACAAAACGAUUUACGUUGUGCCGCAUGAGUCUCAAUGGACUUUCCCAGCUGACUACGAGGAGAAGAUCGCAAAACCGCCGGAUUACAAACCAAAGAAAGGUAGAAAUCAAGAGACCCGGUUUCCAUCCACCGGGGAAAAGCGACGAAAGAGGACCCAAAACAAGGCACGGCCUGGCAUUAACUUGGAGAGUUGGUUGCAGCCCCCUCCCAAUGAUGAGAAUGGUUAACUUGAGUUUCUGUGUUUUACUUGUAUUUCUCGCAUGUGCAUUAACAA